CUGCUGCCUGCCAUGAGGACCAGGAUCAAAAGCUAAAGCCAAAUCUGACAAACAGAAGGCUCAGAUUAAACUUUAACCCGACUCUUUGAUGUGCAACAAAAAUCAGCAGAACUGAUAAAGCAGGGACAUAUUUUCUGAGAGGCCAUCAGGAUAGAGCUAUGGCAGCCACAAAGCUGGGUCAGGCUGUGGAGAACCUGUCUGUUGUAGUCCAUGGGGUUGGAGAUCUUCGUUUGGAAAAUCGUCCAGUACCUGAACCAGGAGCAAGCGAGGUCUUACUGCGGAUGCAUUCAGUUGGAAUAUGUGGAUCAGACGUACAUUACUGGCAACACGGUCGUAUUGGUGAUUUCAUAGUGAAAAACCCUAUGGUUCUCGGACAUGAAGCCUCAGGCACAGUGGUAAAAGUAGGAUCCUCAGUGACUCACCUGAAACCAGGUGACAGAGUGGCUAUUGAACCAGGCGUUCCAAGAGAAAAUGAUGAGUUCUGCAAAAACGGGCGCUAUAACCUGUCUCCUACAAUUUUUUUCUGUGCCACGCCACCUGACGAUGGGAACCUAUGCCGAUUCUACACACACAAUGCCAACUUCUGCUACAAGCUUCCAGACAAUGUAACAUUUGAAGAAGGUGCUCUUAUAGAACCCCUCUCUGUUGGGAUCCAUGCCUGUAGACGAGCUGGAGUAACACUUGGAAGCAAAGUGUUCAUCUGUGGUGCAGGACCUAUUGGCCUGGUUUCUCUAAUUGUGGCAAAGAUGAUGGGAGCUUCACAAGUAGUUAUAAGUGAUUUAUCGCCAUCAAGACUAGAAAAAGCUAAAGAAGUGGGAGCAGAUUUUGUUUUGCAAGUUGCCAAAGAGCCAGCUCAGCAGACUGCUCAGAAAGUUGAAGAAUUCCUAGGAUGCAUGCCGGAGAUCACCAUUGAGUGCACCGGAGCUGAAGCAUGUAUUCAGACAGGAAUCUAUGCAACACGCUCUGGUGGGACUUUAAUACUUGUUGGUUUGGGACCAGCAAUGGUCAAUGUGCCCAUUGUGAAUGCCGCUGUGCGAGAGGUUGACAUCAGGGGUAUUUUCAGAUACUGCAAUACGUGGCCAAUGGCUAUUUCUAUGCUGGCAUCCAAAAGAGUGAAUGUGGCUCCUUUGGUUACACAUCGUUUUCCCUUAGAAAAGGCACUAGAAGCGUUUGAAACUACAAUGAGAGGAGAAGGUGUGAAAGUUAUGUUGAAAUGUGACCAGAAUGAUCAGAACCCAUAAAACAAGUAAUGUCACCUGUACUAUUCUGAGAUUCAUCUUAGGAUAACUAGUUGUAAUUUAGAAAAAAAAACAGAAUCUUAUGAUCAUGUGCAUUGAUUUUUUUUUUUUUUCCUGUUAGAAAGUAUUAAAUCCCAAAAAUCAUGUUUUUCUGGUUUAAUAAACUGUUAAAA